CCAGGAGGUAAUGGACAAUUAGAGCUUCUCCUCGCCGGCUUCGUCACCGCAACUUCCCCUGCGAGCAGUCAAGAGCACCGCCGCUGUCGCACCUCCGUCACAGCCUCAACACAAGCAGCGACCAUGGGCAAACAGAACAGCAAGCUGCGUCCGGACGUCAUGCAGGACCUGAUGGACAACACGGACUUCACCGAGCACGAGAUCACCGAGUGGUACAAGGGCUUCUUGAGGGACUGCCCCAGUGGCGCGCUGUCCAUGGAGGAGUUCAAGAAGAUCUACGCCAACUUCUUCCCUUACGGAGACGCCUCCAAGUUCGCCGAACACGUCUUUCGCACGUUUGACGCCAACGGAGACGGGACUAUCGACUUCAGGGAGUUCAUCAUUGCCCUGAGUGUGACCUCGCGUGGGCGACUGGACCAGAAGCUGAAGUGGGCCUUCAGCAUGUACGACCUGGAUGGGAACGGAUACAUUAGCAAGGCAGAGAUGUUGGAGAUCGUAACGGCCAUUUACAAGAUGGUGUCCGCUGUGAUGAAGAUGCCUGAGGACGAGUCCACACCUGAGAAACGCACAGAUAAGAUCUUCCGGCAGAUGGACACAAAUCGAGAUGGUAAACUGUCUCUUGAGGAGUUUGUGGAGGGAGCGAAGAGCGACCCCUCCAUCGUGCGACUGCUUCAGUGUGACCCCAGCAGUGCUGGGCAGUAGAAAACUGGACAUUUACCAUCGCAUUUUUAUUAUUAUUUUAACAAACGUUCAAAAUCUCUCCCAGUUGACCAACCUGAGAUUAUUGACAUAGGAGCUAUAGAGGCACAUGCACACACAGACUCACAAAACACGCAGUAGUACAUAAUACAAAUACCACUUACUCACAUGAACAUGUUGUACAUGCGCCUCUAUGCCUGGUCAAAAGCUGCAGACAUCAUGGUUCUCAUAUAUACGGUACAAAUCUAACUCAAGGGACUGAAAUCCCAUCAAGGACUUGUUAAACACUGAAUCAGAACUGUGCUGUCUCUGUGUGAGAGGACGGCCGGUGAGGAGGAUCCACCAGAGUGAUGAGGUACAUUGAGCCGUUUGCUGUUUCUUUUUUAUUUCUUUUAUUUGAUGUUUUUUUUGAAAGCAUUUGUCCUGAUUUUAAAAGGGAUUUGAAAUGUUCAUUUUUCUCUCUUGUAUCUGACUCGGUUGUUUUGCGUGACAACUUUAAAUAGUAUUCCAAUCUAACUCCACGUGGACACUGGACGAAAUGAAGAGCGUGAGUCAGGGAGUACGAGUGUCCACAGCUUGCAUCGUGGCCACGUGUGGCUAGGAGACCUGGGAAAUGUUGUUUUUAAUCAGAGGGAUUUCAGAAGGGAAGAACGAUUUCUUUUUAUUGUAUAUUUAGGAGGAACGUUACAUGAAACCAAAACUCAGAUUUCAAAAAUAAGGGGAAUAUUCUGACCACUGAUUCACGCCAUCUGUUCUUCGAAAGUGACUUUUAAUGCCAAGUUUUGUGUCCACAAAAAAAAAAACACACACACAUUUUACUCAACAUAGACAUUCACACAUUCACUUCACUGAGCUGUGAUUCUCUUUCUUCAAUUAUGGUUAAAACAAGUGUAUAAGCAAAAACUAAAAAAGAGGUUAGAUGUUAUAUGAAUAUAUAGUAUGUGCUUAUAUAUUCUUUUACUCUGUGAUAACAUUGUGGCAAUUUGCUUCAGUGGAAGAGAUUCACUUUUAAAACAGAUGAUUUUGACGUAUAAAUUAUUGCAAUGUCAAGAUUAACAUUUUCUUUUCUUUUACGUGACGAUAUGAAAGAAGUAUUGUACUGUAUAUUCACUCAUAUUUAUGCUAGGGAUGUUUUAAAAAGAAAUGAGAGGACCACACAUUGCUAUGCAUUCAUCUUCGAUCAUCAUCAGCUACAUUUAGUUUAAGUAGCUUCUUUUUACUGUUAAUAGAGAAAAAAUAGCGUCUGAUUUCAAACAUUAUCCUUCCUGAAACCCCCCCCCCCCCCACCGCUGACUUCAUGUUUCCCUGGAAGCCAGUAAAGGUUUGUAGUCGUUAAGUUUGAAAAAUAUAUCCUGUGUGAUAAGUGUGAAAACAAAACAAUCAAUGGUAAUGUCUGAAAAUCUUACGCUUAAGCGCAAAUGUGACAUCUCAUCUUUUUCUGCCAUCUGCGGAACAUUUGGACAAAUUGUGUUGUUUUGUGCUACAGCGACGACAAAGACGCCAUAAAUCUUUGGCGACGACCACACACAGUAACAGACACUUAACUGACGGAACUAAAACACUGCAAGUAACAAACCAAAACCCACUGUGUCAGUUUCCAGGAUUUCCUGAUAACUCUUUACUGCUUCCAUCCUGUUUAUUCAACACCUGCUGCUCUGAAAACAACAUCUGUUCCAGUCAGUUUUCACAGGUAAUGGAAUAACGACUUUAGGGGAAAAAUAAGUUUUGAUGAAUACUGUGGGUUUCUGCACAUUUCAAGUAGGUGAUCAGGGGCGUCAGUCCCACCGUUCACUUCAAUAGCAUCUUGUGGUCAAGUGCCAAAUAUAGAGGAGUAAAUAAAAGAAUAAAAAACACAGUAUUGUAUCCAUUUACACUGUACAGUUGUUACCUGUCGAACAAAACAAAACUUUGUCACUGUAUAAUUUUGUAGAUUUUGUAUUGUUAACUUGCUGUGUAGGAUGUCCAUUUUGUUAUUUGAAAUAAAGGCAAAAUGGGAAAGUG